AUACGUAUUGUACAAUGCGUCUAAGUAUACAUGUUUCAAGCACUCACCCGUUACAUGUGUUUUCUGGUAUCAGACGACUUUAUCUCUGAUAUCUUAAUUGCAAGGUUGACGAUAUGUUUUUAAAAAUAAAAAUACUAUUUUUUAAAUUGAUUUAUCUUAUCUCUUUAAUAACAACUUAAUCUAGUCUAUCAUGAAAUCAGACUUGUAAUUCAGUGAUCUAAUAGUGUGCGUACUAGAUAAUUUCAUUUUAAGCAAAGUAUUCGUCGAAUCAUUACAAUACUUAUUAUGUUGUAUACAAUACUAAAAAAUGAAAGGCGGAUUAAGUUUUUCCAGAAAUACAUUUUUUUACAAAACAGAACCUUCGCAGAUAAGAAAAAUAGUAAAUACUUCAAUCGAAAGGAAAAAGAUGCUAGUCUUACACCAUUAAAGAAAGUUAAAAAUAAUUUAGAAUCAAUAAAAAAUGCUCUUUUGCCAUGGGAUCCUAAAGACGAUGUUGUUCCAUGGAUAGACAGGGUGUCUACCCCUUCGUUGCAUUGUGAAUUUCUUGUGAUCGGUGGAGGUGUAAUAGGCAGUUCUAUAGCUUAUUGGUUAAAAAAACGAUGUUAUAAAGACGCUAAAAUUAUAGUUGUUGAGAAAGAUCCAAUGUAUAGCACAUCAUCAACGGUUCUUUCGGCAGGUGGUUUGCGUCAACAAUUUUCCAUGCAAGAGAACAUUGAAAUGUCUCUUUUUGGUGCAGAGUUUUUACGUAACAUUAACAGCUAUUUAGGCAUCGAGGGUGAACCCCGUAUUGAUCCGUAUUUUCAUCCCUACGGAUAUUUGAUGUUGGCGUCAGAAAAAGGAGCUGAAACAUUACAGCAGAAUUCGAAAUUACAAAAUUUUCUUGGAGCAAAUAAUAUUAUAUUGAAUGAGUCUCGAUUAAAAAGUAUGUUUCCAUGGUUAAACACGGAUGGUGUUGCUUUGGGCUGUUUAGGAUUGCAAAAAGAGGGUUGGUUCGAUCCAUGGAGUCUCCUUUGCGCUUUUAAAAAGAAGGCUCUAUAUUUAGGAGUAGAAUAUGCAUACGCAGAGGCUAUAGGAUUUGAGUUGCGAAAAUUCGGAGACGGCGUCACACAUAAUACAUUUCUAGAUAAAUUAAUUAUAAAAACUCUGGAGGGUGAAACAAGAACCAUAACUUUUGCAAAUGCUAUUGUGGCUGCUGGAGCUGCAAGUGGAGAAAUUGCAAAAAUGGCACAAAUUGGUUGCGGUACUGACACAGAAGGUGUAUAUUUACCCGUUGAACCAAGAAAAAGAUAUGUUUAUUGUUUUCAUUGUCCUGACGGGCCAGGGUUAAACACACCAUUAACAAUAGAUUAUUCGGGAACAUAUUUCAGAAGAGAAGGUUUAGCGGGAAAUUAUAUUUGUGGAAGAUCACCAGAAGAAACAGAUGAGCCACCAACUAAGGAUUUAAGCGUGGAUUACGAUUUUUUUGACGAAAAAGUUUGGCCAAUACUUGCACAUAGAGUUCCAGCUUUUGAAAGGUUAAAAUUGAAGUCUUGUUGGGCGGGAUAUUACGAAUAUAAUACACUUGACCAGAACGGAAUAAUUGGAAGACAUCCGUAUCAUGAGAAUCUAAUAUUUGCAACUGGAUUCAGUGGUCAUGGAAUUCAACAAGCACCGGCUGUAGGUAGAGCGGUAACAGAAUUACUUCUCGAUGGUAAAUUCAAAACUAUUGAUUUAUCAAAACUUGGUUACGACAGAGUCAUUAAGAAUGUACCUGUACGCGAGAUUAAUAUUAUUUAAAGAAUGUACGACAUACGUGUUUUAAAUGUGAUUUUUUCUAUUAGUGUAAAUUAAUCACGUUGUUUGUAUAAAGUUAGCAUAUUAUCGAUUGUUUAAAAGUACAAAGUAAAUAAUAACAAUAAUUUUUCUUAUCUGUGUAAGAUGUAAAAACGUUUCUUUUUAUAUACAUGUUUAAAGGUGAUAUGUCAUCUCCUAUAACGUUUUUAUAUUGUCGAAACUCCAGAUUUUCCAUAGUACCAAUGAUUUGUUUUUCUUUUAUUCAAUUACAAGAAUACAGAAAAUUUGACGAAAGAUCAAAACUAUAGAAAAACAUAAGAAAAUGCAAGAAGUUCCAAAUUUCAUGUUAACAUUUAAUCAAGCAACAUUCACACAUCAGAUGAAUUUGUAUAUACGCAUUUAUAACUGUAUAUAAUUAUGUAACCAGGUACCCGCCGCCCGCAUAUGUAUACAAGUUGCACAUAUAUAGGGUAAUAAAUAUUUAUAUUUUAGAAUAUAACAAUGUUUUACUGGUUUUAUUAUUUUCGUUAUACGUAUAAUUAAUAUUUAACUAGUAUAAAUUAAUAUAAUAAUAGAAACUAAUUUAACCACAUUGUAUUCACAGUUGACAGCAGAAAAUAAUAGAAAUUGUGUGAUAUUUCCAUUCGUUAAUAUUUUUACUGUUAUUUGUUUUUAAGCGAUACACU